AUGAAAGACAAAAGGCAACGCUGUUUUGUUCUUGCAGUUGUCAACUUGACAGUAACAGUUCACAGUGUGUAAAUUAAUUAAUUUUAAUCAUGCCUCCUAAAAAGGUAAAAAUAACGCAAAAAGAUUUUGAGCAAGCUGUUCAAGAAAAUAUAAACGAUUUAGGAUUGGACGAGGUGGAAGCAAUUGAAGAGGCUUUCAAACAGUUUGAAGUGCAAGGUGCUGAUUUGAGUGGGGUAUCAAAAAAAUCUGCUGGUGUGGCAGGAUCUCAAAAAUUGGGAGAAAUUAAGCUCCUUAUUAAAAAUAUUAAAGAAAAAAGUAAAGCUGGACAAGAGUUUACAAAAGAAAUACAAGACUUAAAAUUGCUCUGUGAUGAGGAUAUUUCCAAUCGAGUAGCAGCUGGUAAUGAGGGUGCCUAUACAGUUUUACUGAAAGUACUAAACGAUAGUAUAAACAACAGUAUUAAAACUGAUGUACUUAAGGCUCUUACUUCCCUGAUGACUAAAAAUCCUGAUUUACUCGACAUAGAGGGUGUUAAAACUAUAAUUUCUUUUCUUAAGAAAAAUGAGGAGAGUAUUAUUAAAAGAUUGACUCUGAAAUGGGCUAAACAAUGCUGUGUUAUGCAGGAAAAAAAUAGGCAAUGUUUCAUGGAAAAUGACAUUGUAGCUCAUAUUAAAGAGCUCCUUGAAACAUCAGAGUCGGAAAUUCAAAAAGAAGUUAUGAGUUUAAUGAGGGCUUUAGUUCUUGAUGAUGAUGUUAGAGUAGAAUUUGGAAAUGCUCAUGAAGCUGCCAGAAUUAUUGCCAGUGAAACUCUGUGUUCAUUGACUGCCUUAAUGAACAAAAACCAAAAUGAUGAAAAACUAGUAUUUGAACUCAUGAACACCAUUUCUGCCUUAAUGGUUAGAUCUGAAUUUUGUCAAAAAGUUGAGACUGCUGGCGGGUUAGAACUCAUUAAGAAAGUUUUAACAUUGUUUUCGAAUAAUGAGAAAAUAGUGAAACAGUCCUAUAAACUCAUCAAGGCAUUGGCUGGGAAUGAUGAGGUCAAAAAAGAUCUCCUUCAAAGCAAAAAUAUUAUGUUGGCUCCAAUUAUUUUUAGAAGCCUUGAUAACCACAAGGGCAAUCCAAGUUGCGCUGCAGCAGGCCUCUCUGCAAUAGCUGCUUUAACUCUAAGGUCUCCAGAAAAUAGUAAAAUAUUGUUUAAUGCUGGAUUACCAGAAACUAUUGUGGAGAUUAUGAAAUUAUAUCCUAAUGAUAAAACUGUCCAGAAAUCCGGAAGUUGGGCAAUUAGAAACAUGGUUUCCCGCAGCCGCGACCAAUGUGGAACUUUCCUGUCAUUCGGCGUGGAGGAAGUUUUGCAAGAAAACCUCAUAAGGCACAAAGAUUUCGAAUACGAUACAAAAGCGGCGUUGCGUGAUUUGGGCUGCAAAGUAAUCUUAACUGAGCAAUGGACUGGAAAAGGUGGUGCUUUGACAACCAAAAAAACUAUUGGAUAGACUUUUUUUGUAGUUUAUUCGACUCACACCAAUAGGUGAAGGUACUGCAUUUAUUAAUUAAAGACUACUCACCUUCUGAUUACAGCUUAGAUUUGUUAACAUUUUAAUAAGAUUUUAUACCUUUUAUAUUAUUCAUGCUUUUUUGUUGUAAUAUUUAUUAUUAUUCAUUAAAUUUAUAUUUAAUAGCAA